AUGCUCACCCCAGAGGUGUACGGUCUGAGUAGACACUCCCAGUCUGUGACUUCUGAACUUGCCAAAGACCCGUCCCAGGAUCCAGAGCAUGUCUUUAAGAGAUUAUAUGAGCACCAUGAUCUCCACCAUUUAACGGAAGGAAGCUCUGAAAGUAUCUUGCCCGAAGAUAUAGCUUUGGAGUUUGAAAAGAAAGAUCGACUACCAAGGGCAUAUGCUAGUGGAACAUGGGGUUCUUCAACCCCCCAGCGAUCUAUUUCUCGAACAAACAAGGUCUAUCACGAUGCACUGGGAUCCUUGGAAAACGACCCGCUAACUGGAGUUGUGUCACCUCCACUGAUGGGAAGCACCGGCAUCGUUCCUCUGACCAUCAUCGCACCCCUACCCGAUCUGUGUCGCCACUUGGGAAACUGUAUCGCAAGAGCUGAGCAUGAAGUUUUCUUGGGUACUAAUUUUUGGAUCCACUCGAAUGCAUCGACGCUAGUAACAAAUGGGAUCCGUGAGCUAUCAAGGCGAGCAGGGGAACGGGGGCAGAAGAUAGUGAUGAAGAUGGUCUAUGACCGUGGGAACCCGCGCCAGGUAAUGGAGAAUCGGUUAUAUGUUGGCGAUGAAGAAAGAGCUGGAGGAAAAGUUCGGCUUCCUUCAGCUGCCGAAAUCCCCAACGUGGAUCUGCAGGUCAUCAAUUUUCACCGGCCAAUUUUCGGAACUUUCCAUGCCAAAUUUACAGUGAUUGAUCGGCGUAUCGCGCUUCUUCAGAGCAGCAAUAUCCAAGAUAACGACAACUUGGAGAUGCUGAGCCACAUAGAAGGGCCCAUUGUGGACGCCUUCUAUGAUGCCGCAUUGCUGUCGUGGGGCAAGCCUCUUAAUCCCCCGCUACCUCUUCUAGAUUCACCAGCGCGCAGCGCACCCAUUCCGUCUCUUGAAAAGCCUCCCAAGAUUCCCCCCCGACAGCCUCUUUCCAAGGAAUGGAGAAACCCUCACCCAAGCAGUAACACGCCAUCUGACGCAAAAGACACUACGAUUCAGCCAGAUACUGUUGGAAAUGCACCGGAUACCGACCAAGACCCUAAAAUGCUGCCAUACAUCUUAUUGCCUCGUCAUGAGCCUGUUCCCAUGGCAUUGGUAAACCGGCCACCAUAUGGAGCCCCUAACCGCAGUAGCGUGCAUAAUCCCCAGGAUGCUGCUUUUCUUUCGGCAAUUAGCCAUGCAAAGCAUUCGAUCUUCAUCCAAACUCCAAAUAUGAAUGCAGAACCUCUGCUUGAACCGCUUCUUGAUGCUGUUCGUCGCGGCGUCACGGUUACUCCAUACUUAUGCCUCGGCUACAACGACUCAGGAGAGCUAUUGCCAUUCCAGAACGGCACAAAUGAGAUGAUUGCGAACAGACUGUACAAUGCUCUUGAAACAGACGAAGAAAAGGCUAGGCUUCGAGUCCAUUACUACGUCGGCAAGGACCAGGUCGAACCAAUCCAUAAUUCAUUCAAAAAGAGAAGCUGUCACAUCAAAUUGAUGAUUGUCGACGAACAAAUUGCUAUCCAAGGUAACGGAAAUCUCGACACGCAGUCAUUCUAUCACAGCCAAGAGAUCAAUGUUCUGCUCGACUCCCCUCUCAUAUGCAAGGCAUGGCUUGAAGCGAUCAACUUGAAUCAAAACACGGCGAAGUAUGGUGCAGCAAGCACAAAAGAUGGCUGCUGGCAUCGUGAAGGUUCUGGCGAAAUCCCCGAAGGGUCUAUCGGGAUUGACCCAGGUCGUUUCAGCUGGGCCAAAGGCAUGAUUGGAGCUGUGAAUAGAGUACGAGGCGUAGGUGGCUUUUAG